AAUCAUGAACUGAUUAAAUGACAUUAAAGUAAGCUAUAAAAACAUUUUCUUUCUAGUUGAAGUUUUCAUUUUUCAAAUCAAACUAACCCAAAACUUAAGUCAGCUUUUAUCAUCGAUAAUUACAAACAACCGUCGUUACAACAGCCAAAAUGCUUAAUGUUUCUUCUGUUCUUGUCACUGGUGCAAACCGAGGAAUUGGACUUGAAUUUGUUCGUCAGCUAGCUUCCUUGGAACCUCAAAUCUCUCAUAUUAUUGCCACAUGUAGAGACCCAGAUGCUGCUAAGGAAUUGAAAGCAAUAGCCAAAACCAGCAAUAAUGUUCACAUAUUGAAACUGGAAGUAACUGAUUACAACUCUUUUGACGCUUUCUAUGCUGAAGUUGAAAAAAUUGUUGGUAGCUCGGGUUUGGACAUAUUGAUAAACAAUGCUGGAAUAGCAAUCAUGACACCUCUUGAUGAAGCCACGCCUGAAGAGUUCAUGAAAAAUUACGAAGUCAAUGUGAUCGGUCCCUACGUAUUAGCCAGAAAAUUAAUUCCUCUCAUCAAAGUUUCUCAAAGAAAGUUAUAUAUUCUCAUGUCAUCCAUCGCUGGAAGUAUUGAAUGUACUAGUGAGAUACUUGGAGGCUUCCCUGCUUACAGAGCCAGCAAGGCUGCUAUCAAUAUAAUUACUCGAACAUAUGCUGAUUAUAUCAAGAAGGAUGGUGUUACUAGUGUAAUGUUGUUUCCUGGUUGGGUCAAAACUGAACUUGGUGGACCCCAUGCGAUUCUGGAAGCAGAUUUCGCUGUUUCUAAUAUGAUAAAAACCAUCUCGACUCUUAAUGCUGAAAAUAAUGGCUGCUUCAUUGAUUAUGAAGGAAAGACUGUCCCUUGGUAGGCAUUUCUGGUUAUCGUUAUUUCUAGAUUGAUUUUUAUUACAAUUAUUGAAACUAUGUUGUCUUAAUGUACUAAAUUAAGUUUUUAACGAAAAAUUUCACCGCUU